AUGGAGUCUGCUGAUUUAAUACCGCUGCUCGAGCGGCUCGAUGAUGAUGUCGAUGACCUCGAGGAGGCUAUUGCGCCGAUCUUGCAAAGCACCGUUGUCGAAACUUCCAAGAAGCUGCCUGUUCUGGAUAAAGCCAAAUUUCAUGUUAUGACUGCUUAUGCGUUGGAGUCCUUGGUAUUCUCGUACCUACGCCUGCACGGCGUCAAAGCGACCGAGCAUCCCGUCUACAGAGAAUUGAAAAGAGUGAAGCAGUAUUUCGACAAGAUAAAGGCAUUAGAAACCGAACCCGAGCAGAGGACAAUGGUUCUUGAUAAGCAGGCGGCUGGACGUUUUAUCAAACAUGGCCUUGCCGGAAAUGAGAAACUUGACUUGCAACGAGAGGAGCAACUAGCGAAAGAAAAGGCACGCGCACAACUCAAGGCAUCACUGCUGGCUAAGAAAGCAGGCGACACAACCGAAGAGCCGCCCAAGGAUGUUUCAAGUGAAUCCGAAAUAGAUACUGAUCCCACAUCCGACAUCGCGAGCGACGCCAAGGGCGCCGACUUACUACAGGAAGUGCAAUCUUCUGAGGCACCUGGAGCUAGCUCCAAGAAAACAAAGAAGAACAAAGCGAAGUCCAGUGCAAAAGAUGAGAGACGUAAGAAGCGUCGCGGCAAGGAAGAAUUCAAGGAUCACAACAAACAGAGAAGGAAGAAGAAAGAUGAUACUCGAAAGGCAAGGAAGGCAACCUGA